AUGUCCUCGCUCCGCAACGCAGUCCAACGCCGCAACCACCGCGAGCGCGACCAACCCGAAGAACGCAAAAAAUGGGGCCUUCUCGAAAAACGCAAAGACUACAAACUCCGCGCCGCAGAUCACAAAUCCAAACAAGCGAAAAUCAAAGCUCUCGCGCAAAAAGCUUCGGAACGCAACGAAGAUGAAUUUUAUUUUGGAAUGGUUAAUGCGCAGAGUCGGGGCGGUGUCAAGGUUGCGAAACGUGGGGCGGAGAAUGCUGGGGGUACUACGGGGAGUUUGGAUGUUGAUGUGGUGAAGUUGAUGAAGACGCAGGAUUUGGGGUAUUUGAGGACGCAGUUGCAGAGGGUUAGGAAUGAGCGGGGCAGGUUGGAGAAGGAGGUUGUUGUUGCUGAGAUUGGGGUUGAUGUUGAGGGGAGUGGGAGAGGGAGGAGGAAGGUUUUCGUGGACAGUGCGGAAGCGGAGGAUGUGGGUGUGCCUGCUUUGCCAGAGCAGCCUGAGCAGGGGGAUGCGGACUUUGAUAUGGAUUUUGAUGGGCUUGACGAUCCUAGUGAAGAGGGAAGUGAUGGGGAGGAGGGUUUGACACCUGAAGAGAGGGCUGUGCGACAAAGAAAACGACACGCACUUGAAGUAAGGCAGAGAAAGCUGGAUGCACUCGAAGAGCAGGAGGAAAAACUUAGCGCUGCAUUACAAGCAGUGGAGCAUCAGCGUGCGAAGAUGAACGGCACAACUGGCGGAACGAACAAGAACGGGCAGAGGUUCAAGAUAAGGCAGCGGAAGAGAUGA